UUGGCCUGCUGUGUUCAUCCAGCCCUGCACCUUGUUAUCUUAGGUACGGAGAUACCUGGGCGCAGAAUCUUGGGCAAACCAGAAAAAUAAAGAAAACAAAGUUAAGUUGAACAUUGCAGUCCUUCUUAGUAAAACGUAGAAAAAACAGCUAAUAAUUCAACGUCACAGUCCGUAAGCGCCUGACCAUGCUGAGCUCGUACUCCAUUUUAAGACGCAGUCCCUUCUUGUUUUUUCUGAAUCUAUUCCCGUUUCUCUUUCUAUUCCCAUUUCCAUUGUGGCUUCUUCCGUUGUCACUUCCCCAGUCGCUGGGGCUGUAUUUUGAUUUGUCUCUGUUUUGUCAUCUUGAAUCUGUUGCAACUUGUGGUUGAAGCUGAGACAUUUACCAGAAAUUCCAGAGUCCUAUGGCAUGGGAACAGAUGUUUCUGCCCAACUUCCUCUGGCACCUUGUUUUGCACCACCCUCUGUGUGCAAAAGUUGACCCUCAAGUCUGUUUUAAAUUUUUUCCCUUUCACCUUAUCUAUGCCCCUCAUGAUUUUAUAAACCUCUAUCAGGUUUUCCCUCAGUCCCCGCAGUGCUCCGGGGGAGAAAAAAAAUCCCAGCCAAUCCUCAGUGUGGAUGGAGCUGGAGGAAAGUCGAAGUUUUGGGUCAGAAGAAGGAUCUGUUGUCUCUGACUGCAGCAUCUGCAGUUCUUGUUAUCUCCAGCCUAUCCUUAUAACUCAAACCUUCCAGUCUUGAUAACAUCCUUGUUAAUCUUUUGUGCACCCUUCCCAGUUUAAUAACAUCCUUGAACCCUUCCACUGCCAAAGUUACCUAUCCACAUGCAGACAAUCUCCCUGUUACAAUUACUUCCAGUUUCAGUGUUAAUGCCAGUCACAUGGAAAGGAUUUUUUCUUUAGACAAGUGUUAAUGCUCAUGAUCUGGUUAGUCCUAAGCCAAAUUUACAUCAGACACCGAGAUCACUAACCUUAGUAUUCUGCCCUUUUGAUUGAGUUAAUAAAUCCUGCUAUUUCCCGAGUGUAAUUUCCUCCCUGUUCCUGUUUUUUUUUAGUUUAUUCACUUGCGAGGUGGGUGUUGCUAUUGGGUUAACAUUUAUUCCUAAUACCUUGUUCAUUUUGCCCAUGAACAUGCCCACUGGAUUAUUUCCAGUUCCUCUUUAUGCAAAUUCUUCAACUGUCAGCAGUAAGAAAUAACACCCUGUUACCUGCAAGGCAAUGCAAUCCAUGUGAUUAUCCCUCCCUUUUCGUUCUAUCCUGUCUUUACACCAACUGUGACCUUGCACAAUGGUCAAAUCAGUGAGAAUUAAGAUAUAAAAAUUAGUUGCAUCUGGAAAUUGGACUUAUGGGGAUUUCUGAUAUUCUAAAUAUAUUGCAAAACAAUAAAUGCUGUGCUUUUGGUAAAUCUGAUUAUAGAUACAGAUUAGAGUGGUGGUGCUAAAUGUUUAUACUUUUGCAGUGUUCUUCAAUCAGAUGCUGAGAAAAUUAAGAAUGUAAUAAGUAUAUUCAAACAGAAACACCAACCAGAUAAUGCCUUAGUAAACAUGCAGGACAGUAGACGCCAAAGAAAUCGCAUCUAACUCUGUUUUACAUGUUACCGUGAGCAGCAAGCUCUGAUACAGUGCAUGGGCUGCCAUCCAUGGAACAGCGCGCAAGAUUAGAGUCUGGAGCAGAGAUGGGUGCAGGGGAGGUAGUCUUGGUACUUCGCUUGGAGCAGCUGACUGCCGAGCCAACACCACUAUGGCUGAAAGUUCAGACAGAGGAAAGAAUCCCGCAACUUCGAAAAGAAUGGCAAUGGACGUAGACCCACACUCUACAAUCACUGAGUUCUUGACAAAGCAUGAGGAUUACCAGCUGAUGCAGUUAAUGAAAUUCUUUUGGGACAGACUAGAACAAGCAGUUGAAGAGAGUGCACAGAAAUUGAGCCACAGAUUGAUGCAGGAGAACCAUUUCACUGAACAAGAGCAUUACGUUCUGAUCCGUUUGAUUACAUAAACAUUGCAUAAAGCCGAUCUCAUGUAACCAGUCACCUAAAAAGAUUUGAAAGCAAUAACUUGGGAGAUUCUGGAAUGAAAGUGCUAGCUGAGGCUCUGAGAGAACCCAACGGUAAAAUACAUGAAUUAUGGCUGGAUAAUAAUAAUCUCACGGAUUCUUGUGUCAUCGAUCUUGUCUCUGCUCUCUGUACAAACCGAUCAUUAACUGUAUUGGACUUGGGUAACAAUAAACUGAGAGAUUCAGGGGUGAACCUGUUGUCUGAAGCUCUAAAGAACCUGGAAUGUAAAAUACAGAAACUGUGGCUGGAUCGUCUUGAAAUCACACAUUCUUCUGCUCGUCAUCUCUGCUCUGCUCUCAGUACAAACCGGUCGCUGAGGGAUCUGAAUCUGAGUAAUAAUGAACUGGGAAAUUCAGGAGUGAAUCUACUGUCUACGGCAUUGAGGAAUCCAGGCUGUAAAAUACAGAAACUGGUUCUAGAUCAAAUUGGUUUCACGGCUUCUUGUGCCAGGGAGCUUGCCUUAAAUCUGAGCUCAAGUCAGUCACUGAGAGUUCUGAAACUGAAUUUCAAUCAUCUGGCAGAUUCACGAAUGAAACUAUCAUCUGUGGCUCUGAAAAAUGAAAAUUGCAAAAUGCAGACACUAGAACUGGCUUCUGUUGGUCUCACAGAUUCUUGUGUCAAUGAUUUCGCCUCUGCUGUGAGUGCAAACCAGCCACUGAUUGGUCCAAACCUGAGUUUAAACUUCUUCACAGAUAAAUCUGUCCCUGCUCUACACCAACUCAUAAAGAACUAUCAGAGUCUCAAAUGGAUUCGACUCUGGUGCAAUAGGUUCAGUUUCAAUGGAGAGAUUCAACUAAGGAAGCUACACAAGAUCAGAUCCAAUCUGAGUGUGGAAGUGUGAUUCGGACAAAUUUCUGUGGCUAGUGGGACUCGAACCGAUGGACUUUAUGUUCCAGAGUUAGGAACAUUACCACUAAACCCUCAGAUUUACAUUUACAAGUCUUUUGAAUUAAACUGUUCAGCUAUUUUAUGACAAACCUCCAGGGAACGUGAUCUCUAACCCAGACUUUCUCACCUGGAGGCAGGGGUACCACCACUGCACAAUAAGACCCCUCACAUUUCCAUUAAUAAACAUUGCUCUUUUCAUUGUACAGGCGUUCUGUGUCCAUCCCCAACAACCACCUAUGCUCCAGGUUGAAAUCCUAUUGACCAUUUCUCUGUUCCCAGCUCAAGCUGAGUGAGGGUCACCUCCCGUUGAGUGGACAGAGGCCCAGCCACAGGAUCACGAGACUCAGGGACCUGACCCCACAGUACUGCUUCAGGGUAUCCAAGUGGAGACCUACACAGACUGGAAGGAGCCAGUGUGGGGCUCAGUGUGCGCAAUGUGGGACACUGACAAUUAUGCUCGGCCUCCCAGCCCCACAGCACUACUUCUGAAGAAUAUCUGGGUCUCAAUGAUCCCCGGAGACAUACACAUUGUGACGACGCUGUGGCUUUAAGAGUUGUAUUUUGUUCUGGUUUCUUUUAAGAGAGAGAUUGAACAAGGGUGGCAGAGCAGUCUGUGGUAAUGUAAACAGCUUUGUGAGGCCUUGGGUUUUUUUUUUAAAGUUGAAAUAAUAGAAGCACUCUGGAUGGAUGUAUUCAGCUCUCAUAGACUAGGAUUUCUAGUUUUUUGAUUUGGCAGAAGCUGCUGGAGUCUUGACAAAGUAGAAGUUAUUUUUCCCUCUCUAGAUUACAGCCAAAAGCUGGGGGUUCUCUUCCUAGGCUGCUGGAUUGUAUGUGAGACAAAAUCUGUUUUCUGAAUUUGCCUUUCUGCUAAGGGGUGUUUAUGAGAUCUUGCUAUAUUGGAAAUGCUACUGUUUAUUAGUAAAAUAAUCUAUUAUUCUGUUAAGUUUUUCAAUAAAGUUAUUCCAAGUUCCUCUUUC